AUGAUCAUGUCUAGUAAAAUCCUAUCACAUGCCGUUUUCUUGAUCCUUGUUCUGUUCUGUUGCACUGAACACACCCAUGGCAAGCUGAUUAUGCAGGGAUCAGCCGGAUUCGUCAAAGGUUUCAGAACGUUGACGAGCACCAAGAAGCACACAUAUGGCCAAGCCUUCCACGACGAGAUACUCCAGUUCAAGAACUCCAACGGUACCAUGACAUCUUUCUCUGUCACCUUCUUCUUUGCUAUCGUCCCUGAACAUAAGCGCAAAGGCUCUCACGGUAUGGCCUUUGUGAUCUCUCCCACUAGAGGGAUCACAAACGCAUCUGCUGAUCAGUACCUUGGAAUAUUCAACGAAGCAAACAACGGGAACACCUCGAAUCAUAUCUUUGCUGUUGAGCUUGACAUAAACAAAGAUGAUGAGUUUGGUGACAUUGAUGAUAACCAUGUCGGCAUUAACAUAAACGGCAUGAGGUCUACUGUAUCUGCUCCUGCUGGUUACUAUGAUCAAGAGGGGCAUUUCAGAAGCCUCUCUUUGAUCAGUGGAAACCUACUUAGACUCACUAUUUUGUAUAGCCACAAGGAUACACAGAUCAAUGUCACCUUAUCAUCACCAGAGGAAGGCUAUUACCCAAAGAAGCCACUUCUUUCUCUGAAACAAGAUCUCUCACCGUACUUUUCGGAGAAAAUGUAUGCUGGCUUCUCAGCCUCUACCGGCUCCGUUGGAGCAAUGCAUUACAUGUGGGUUUGGUUCAUCAACGGCUACAUCACUGUUCCAAAUCUUGACUUAGGGAUACCAAAGUUUCCUCCCUAUCCCAUUACAAAAACUAAGGUAGCUCUGAUAGUAUUGGUGACGGCCUUGGCCUUGGCUCUCUUUGCUGCGCUUGUUGCUUCAGGUUUGAGUCUCUUCUUCUAUAAGAGACAUAUGAAGGUUAUGGAGGUUUUAGAGGAAUGGGAGAUCGAAUGUGGACCUCAUAGGUUUGCUUACAAAGAGCUUUUCAAAGCCACAAACGGUUUCAAACAGCUUCUAGGCAAAGGAGGGUUUGGUCAGGUCUUUAAAGGGACACUUCCAGGUUCCAACGCAAAGAUUGCUGUGAAACGUGUUUCUCACGGCUCGAGCCAAGGGAUGCGUGAGUUCUUGGCUGAGAUAGCUACCAUUGGUCGUCUUAGACAUCCGAAUCUAGUCAGGCUUCUUGGUUACUGCAGGUACAAUGAAGAGCUCUACUUGGUUUAUGACUUUAUGCCCAAUGGUAGCCUUGACAGGUAUCUCCACGGAGGCGAAUCAUCAGAUCAAGAAGAGCUUUCUUGGAGUCAACGUUUCAAGAUCAUCAAAGAUGUUGCCUCCGCACUUUCCUAUCUCCACCAUGAGUGGAUACAAGUUGUGAUUCAUAGAGACAUCAAGCCGGCGAAUGUACUAAUAGACGACAAGAUGAAUGCAAGUCUAGGAGAUUUUGGAUUGGCUAAGCUUUAUGAUCAAGGGCACGAAGCUCAGACGUCUAGAGUAGCUGGAACGUUUGGUUACAUGGCACCAGAGCUCAUGAGAACGGGAAGACCAACGACGGGAACAGAUGUUUACGCCUUUGGUGUGUUCAUGCUUGAAGUUUCUUGCGGUAGGAAGCUGUUUGAGCCGCGAGCUGAGCCUGAAGAGAUUGUUCUUGCGGAUUGGGCGAUUAACCGUUGGGAGAACGGUGAUAUCAUAGAGGCGGCUAGUGAAAGAAUCAGACGAGAGUAUGAUAAGGGACAGCUUGAGGUUGUUUUGAAGCUGGGAGUGUUGUGUUCUCACCAGGCUGAAGAGGUUAGGCCGGAUAUGGCUACGGUUGUUAAGAUCUUGGAGGGAGUUUCUGAGCUUCCGGAUAAUUUGCUUGAUGUUGUUAGGACUGAGAAGUUGGGGAGAUGGUAUGAGAUGUAUGGAAAGGUGCUUGAUGUGGAGGUGACAAUGGAGUCUGGAGGUAACUUGACGGUCACGGAACCGUUGACUUAUGUAGGACGGUAAAAAGUGGUUGGUGAGGGUUUAAUAACAUGUGAGACGGUGUUUGCUUCUACAAUUGUUUUUGUUGUUGUUUGAAUGCAUCAUUUGGUUUAUGUGUUUGUGUGUUUAGUCUUAUGUUGAAAGAAAAACUUGUCUGCAUCUAAUAUGGG